AUGGGACAUGGCUACAAACAUCGAGAAGCCAAAGGAGAGCUCAUCCAAUGGCUGCAGAGAUCCCGCGACGAAGCGUUGUGGGCUCGCUUGACUUCACUGGCAGUCAAGGACUGGCCAGGUUUUGCUCAGCACCUUAAGAAAGCGUGGAGCGCAGCCGGCGGUGAUCCUUACGACCUCCGUUUCCUUGACAACAAGCAGCACGCCGUGCAUGUGUGGCAGACAGUGAACAAGCCUGCUCGGCAGCAGAAACGCGACCCGCGCAGUACAGGUGGACCUCCACCCAGUUUGGAUGACCUCAUGAAUUGGCUUUGGUACUACGAGAAUGACGAGUUCUGGGAAAAGCUCCACACCAGGGACUGGAAGCACUUUGCUGCCAUCCUGCGAGCAGAAUGGGCUAAGGCUGGAACGGGCAAUAGGUACCACUUUCCCAGUUUGCGUCAUCCAUCAAACUGCCGCAUGAUCUAUGAUGUGAUGUUUGGGAAGGAGGCCUAA